AUGCCCAAGACAAAGGCUGAAGAGGAUGCUAAAAAUAAAGCCAAGGUAAAGGACAAACAACAGAGAAGAUCUGCAAGGUUGUCUGCUGAACCAUCUCCUCCAAACCCAGAGCCCAAUCCUAAAAAGGGCCCUGCAAAUAAGGGAGGAAAUGUACCCUAAGGGUAAAGAGCCAGCAAGGACAGCAAUAAGAUUGCAGAAAACGGAGAUACCAAAACAAACCAGGCACCCAAAGCCGAAGGUGCUCUCUCCACUAGCUCUCUGCACUUAAGAUGGUUAAGUCCAUGUUAA